GUCAGCCUUUAGCACAAAAAUGAUCGAUAACGCUGAGAACUUUCAAGACAUCAAGUCAAUUUACGAAUUCACCGCCAAAGACAUAUACGGCGUUAACGUUCCUCUCAAGAAAUAUAGGGGACACGUUUGUAUCAUAGUGAACAUAGCCUCUGGCUGCGGCUACGCGAAGAAUAACUUCGAGGAGCUGAUAGACAUCUACCAGCAGUACGAGGAAUCGAAAGGACUCAGAAUAUUGGCUUUUCCCUGCAACCAGUUCGGAGACCACGAGCCCGGCUCCAACGCGGAGAUAGCGAAGUACAUAAACGACAGGAAGAUCAGAUUCGACGUAUUCGAGAAGGUGGAAGUGAACGGAAAUAACGCCCAUCCACUCUGGAAGUAUCUGAAGUAUAGGAAGCCUGGAACUACUGGGAAUUAUAUCAAGUGGAACUUCACGAAAUUCAUCAUCGACAGGAUGGGUCAGCCUGUAGAAAGGCACGGUCCUAGCACUCCGCCUAAGGAACUUGUUCGGUAUCUAGAGAAAUAUUGGUGACU